AAAAUAUUCCUGUCCUAUAGUGAUGGUAGUGGAAAUAGUAAAUUUCUUCAGCUCAUCAACGCAUUUAUAACAGCCGCUUAAUAUUGAAUAUCCUUUCAUUUCUCCUUCAAAAAAAUAAUUCAUUAGCCAUGUCCUUUCUAGGGUUUCUCUAAGGUUGUUAUCCAUGGAUAAUGAUUGUUGUUGAGGUUUGAAUUAAGUGAAGAGAUUAUUAAAGCUUUCGAAGAGUUCAUCUAGAUUUCAGAAUUUAAGUCACAGCAAUGACGUGGUUUAGAGCUGGCUCAAGUGUGGCAAAACUUGCUAUUAGAAGGGCUCUGUCGCAGGGUCAUUCUUAUGUCCCAAGAACUCGCGUUCUUCCAUCACAGGGUCGAUAUUUUCAUACCACAGUUGUCAGGCCAAAGGCACAAGCUGCUCCUGUCCCUAGACCAGUACCGCUUUCUAAGUUGACUGACAGCUUCUUAGAUGGGACGAGCAGCGUCUACCUUGAGGAGCUUCAGCGAGCCUGGGAGCAAGACCCAAACAGCGUUGAUGAGUCAUGGGAUAACUUCUUCAGAAAUUUUGUUGGACAAGCUGCCACGUCGCCCGGAAUUUCAGGCCAGACGAUUCAAGAGAGUAUGCGUCUUCUGUUGUUCGUGAGAGCUUAUCAGGUUAAUGGUCAUAUGAAAGCAAAACUGGAUCCAUUAUCUUUGGAGGCGAGGGAAAUACCUGAUGAUUUGGAUCCAGCAUUAUAUGGGUUCUCUGAAGCUGAUCUUGAUAGAGAGUUCUUCCUUGGUGUUUGGAAGAUGUCUGGAUUCUUGUCUGAGAAUCGUCCUGUGCAAACUUUGAGGGCAAUAUUAACACGGCUCGAGCAGGCUUAUUGUGGAAGCAUUGGGUAUGAGUACAUGCAUAUUUCUGAUCGUGAUAAAUGCAAUUGGCUGAGAGAGCGGAUUGAAACCCCAACAUCUAUGGAGUACAAUCGUGAGCGACGGGAAGUUAUUCUUGACCGGCUGAUGUGGAGUACUCAGUUUGAGAACUUCUUGGCUACAAAGUGGGCGGCAGCCAAGAGAUUUGGGCUUGAAGGUUGUGAGACCUUGAUUCCUGGCAUGAAGGAGAUGUUCGAUAGGGCAGCAGAUCUUGGAGUUGAGAGCAUAGUUAUUGGAAUGCCGCAUAGAGGAAGAUUAAAUGUUUUGGGUAAUGUUGUUAGAAAGCCACUAAAGCAGAUCUUCAGUGAGUUUAGCGGUGGUAUAAAACCUGGGGAGGAUGCUGGUUAUGUUGGAACUGGUGAUGUCAAGUAUCACUUGGGAACUUCUUAUGAUCGGCCUACUAGGGGUGGGAAAAGAAUUCAUCUAUCUUUGGUUGCAAAUCCAAGUCACUUGGAAGCUGUGGAUCCAGUUGUUAUUGGAAAAACCAGAGCAAAACAAUAUUAUACUAAUGACGAGGAUAGAACAAAAAGCUUGGGUAUUUUGCUCCAUGGUGAUGGUAGCUUUGCAGGCCAGGGUGUUGUAUAUGAGACAUUGCAUCUGAGUGCUCUUCCGAAUUACACAACCGGAGGGACCAUUCACAUUGUGGUGAAUAAUCAAGUGGCCUUCACUACUGAUCCAACGGCUGGAAGAUCAUCUCAGUACUGUACUGACGUUGCAAAGGCUUUGAAUAUUCCAAUUUUCCAUGUCAAUGGUGAUGACGUUGAGGCUGUUGCUCAUGUGUGUGAACUUGCUGCCGAAUGGCGCCAGAAAUUCCACUCUGAUGUUGUGGUUGAUAUUGUCUGUUAUCGUCGAUUUGGACACAAUGAAAUUGAUGAACCAUCCUUCACCCAGCCUAAAAUGUAUAAGAUCAUCAAAAAUCAUCCUUCUUCAUUGGAGAUCUAUCAAAACAAACUUCUAAGUUCCGGUCAGGUGACAAAAGAGGAUGUGGAAAAGAUACAUAGCAAGAUCAAUAGAAUCCUUAAUGAAGAGUUCAUUGCUAGUAAAGACUAUGUCCCUCAAAAGAGAGAUUGGCUGUCUGCUUUUUGGUCUGGGUUUAAGUCUCCUUCACAACUUUCACGCGUUCGAAACACCGGUGUCAAACCUGAGAUCUUGACGAAUGUCGGGAAAGCAAUCACAACAUUUCCAGAGGGCUUUAAGCCUCACAGGGCGUUAAAAAGGGUUUUUGAUGACCGUAGAAAGAUGAUUGAGACAGGGGAGGGUGUUGACUGGGCUGUUGGAGAAGCACUUGCCUUUGCAACAUUGCUUGUGGAAGGUAAUCAUGUUAGGUUGAGUGGACAGGAUGUAGAGAGAGGUACUUUCAGUCACAGACAUUCUGUUAUUCAUGAUCAGGAGACAGGGGAACAGUACUGUCCUCUUGAUCAUGUUAUGAUGAACCAAAAUGAGGAGAUGUUCACUGUGAGCAACAGCUCCCUUUCAGAAUUUGGUGUUCUGGGAUUUGAAUUGGGUUAUUCAAUGGAAAAUCCAAACUCCUUGGUAAUUUGGGAAGCUCAAUUUGGUGAUUUUGCUAAUGGAGCUCAAGUAAUAUUUGACCAGUUCGUGAGCAGUGGAGAGGCAAAGUGGUUGCGCCAGACUGGGUUGGUUUUGCUUUUGCCCCAUGGCUAUGAUGGUCAGGGCCCUGAACAUUCCAGUGGACGUCUGGAACGUUUCCUCCAGGGGAGUGAUGACAACCCCUUUGUUAUCCCGGAGAUGGAACCUACACUAAGGAAGCAGAUUCAGGAAUGUAAUUGGCAGGUGGUGAAUGUAACAACUCCUGCAAACUAUUUCCAUGUUUUGCGGCGUCAAAUUCACAGAGAUUUCCGUAAGCCUCUUGUUGUGAUGGCCCCAAAGAACUUGCUCCGUCACAAAAACUGCAAGUCAAAUCUAUCUGAGUUCGACGAUGUCCAAGGACACCCAGGUUUUGACAAACAAGGUACCAGAUUUAAGCGCCUGAUAAAAGAUCAGAAUGACCACUCAGAUCUUGAAGAGGGUAUCAGACGGCUGGUCCUUUGCUCAGGAAAGGUCUAUUAUGAGCUCGAUGAAGAAAGAACUAAAGUUGAUGGGAAAGACGUUGCUAUCUGUCGGGUGGAACAGCUUUGUCCUUUCCCGUAUGACCUUAUCCAGCGUGAAUUGAAGCGAUAUCCAAAUGCAGAGAUAGUUUGGUGCCAAGAAGAGCCAAUGAACAUGGGUGCAUUCCAUUACAUUGCACCACGCCUUUGUACUGCCAUGAAAUCACUAGGCAGAGGCAACAUGGAUGACAUCAAGUAUGUCGGUCGUGCUCCUUCUGCUGCCACGGCCACUGGUUUCUUCCAGGUUCACGUGAAAGAGCAGACAGAGCUUGUUCACAAGGCGCUGCAACAGGACCCAAUUAACUAUCCAUUCUGAAGCUGAAACUGUUCAUGUAUCCAUAGCACUGGCCUCCAAAAAUGACGGAAUAAUAGAAUUUUUAGCUAUCUCUGUGCCUGGUAUAGGCCAGUGGGAGUUUCUAUUUGCUCUUUGGAAAAAAUAAGGCCUUUUUGUUUGUGCUAGUUUUCGAUUGGUUAAAGAGUUAAACUGAUGCUUUUAUACGUAUACGUUUUCAGUUGGUUAGACAAUUUUGAUCAGUAAAGAUAACUCUCUCA